AUGGUUUUCCAAAAGUUGAACCUUCAUCCUGGUGAGCACAUGAAAAUAUUGGGAGAUAUUCCACCCGAUGCCAAGCACUUCGGCUUGAACCUAGGCAAGGACAAAAUUAACCUUGCCUUGUACUUCAACUCACGCUUCAGUGCCUAUGGUCAUAUCAACCUCAUCUACUGUAACAGCCUGGAAGUUGGUACUUGGGGCCAAGAAGAAAAAGAGAUCCACUUCCCCUUUGUGCCAGGAAGCAGAGUGGAGAUUGGCAUAACCUUUGAAGGGAGUCACUUUACCAUAAGGCUGCCUGAAGGCUUUCAGUUCAAUUUCCCCAAUCGCUUGAUCUUAGAUAAAAUGUGCUUCUUUGGAAUUAUUGGUGAUUUCAGGCUCAAAAUUGUGGACUUCGAAUGA